ACAUCUGGUGGGGCGCAGCCUCAGCGACGCCGUCAGUUGGCUCUUGACUCUCGGUGGCUCUGCCCGGAAUCAGACCCGGAAUCGGAACCCUAAUCCGAAACCGAAUCGAAAUCGGAAUCUAGCCCGGAUUGUGAUUCAGACUGAAAGAGAUUAUUUUAGUGCUUGCGUGCGAAAUUUUGUUGGUGUCAAAGUUUAACAUUUUACAUGAAAUACACACACACACACAUGGUACCCAACACACACACACGGGCGAAUAAGAAGAAGCAGCAGUAGCAGCGGCAACACAAGAAGAAUAAUUGCAACAGCAACAGCAACAUUUGCUGCAAGUGCAGCUCCCACAGCCGUCGCCGCCGCCAAGUUCAAAAUCAACGCCUGACAAUGACAAAGGCAGCAACGUGGCGCCCACCAAGCCCAAAAAUAACAGCAAUAAGAGCAACAACAACAGCAACAAUAGCUGCAACAGCAACAUCAGCAGCAGCAGCUGCAACAACAAGGACAGCAGCAACAUCAGGAGCUGCAGCAGCAGCAACUGCAACUAAAGCAAUAACAAUCAAUGGGCCCCAAACGACAUGGCGACGUCAACGAGGCUGCACGCCAGCAACACCAAACAUGCAGCAGCAACGGCAGCAAUUGCAACUGCAACAAUCGUACUUGCAACGCCUGAAGGCGGUCGGUCGACUGGGGGCGUGGCUGCCAUCAAUGACGUCGAUGUGGCUGCCAACCGACUCUCUGGCCCAGCUGAUUUUGGCCCUCUGCCUGCUGGGCUGCCUCAGCCCCUUUACAGCUGCACUCGAGGAGGACUGCGUUGACUUUCAGGGCAAUAAGGUGAACCACGGAAUGCUCUACGUCCCCGGGCCCGGGGUCUGUAGCCUCUGCGUCUGCUACCACUCCGAACCACUCUGGUGCAAGGCCAUCUACUGUGAUCCGCCCUAUUUUUGCAAAAACUUUCGUGUUGGCGAACGCUGCUGUGAGUUCGAAUGCUUGGAUCCGCCCGGCGAGGACAAACUGUACCAGGAACGUAUGCGAAAGAGGGCCGAGAUAUUGGCCGGGAACAGUACAGCCUCAAAUGUGCAACUAGCCCCGAUGGCCAUGUCCACCAUAAUGCUGGGAUUCCUGGGCAACAGCUUCCUGAACUUAUAACUUGAAGUCAAAUAGCAAGAGAUGGAGAUCCAAUCAAGGCGAAGCUAAGCGAACCUCCCCAAUUUUGUUGCUCCUAAAGCUUAGGACUCUCUCGAAAAUUAUUACAGUGUAAUAAGUAAAAAAAAAAACAAGCCAGGCCAGAUAUUUGUAGCCAAAUGUCUGAGCAUUAAUUUAGAGGAUGCAAAAGGCAUCGUGCCAGCGAUGCGUAGGUUUUCACUUAUAUCCCCAGACAUAUAAUAGGUACAAUAAUGAUUUCAUGGAACAGGAAAAGUUAUGGCAAGCAAAGUUCAGGCACCUCAAUUGCAGUAAACAUUUUCGAGUACUUUCAAUGUGAUCCGAAUCCGAAUCAGAAUCGAAUCGGUAGAGCCAGCAGAUAUAGCAUAUAUACAUCUACAUCUACCUAAGUAUACAUGAGUAAGCAACACCAAGAAACCAGAACAAACUCAUCAAGCGAACGUAUAAGACAGUCUCUAGCUCCUAAGAAUCUAUAGUAAAAGAAUUAAAUAAAUAUAUAUAUAUAUACACAGAUAUGGAAAUCUAUGUAAGCAUAUUGUACAUAAGAGUAUAUAGCUCUUUGUAUCGGAUCUAAAAUUGUUGAUUAGUGUUUAGCUAACUGAAUGAAGGCAACUUCGGCUAGGAAGAUAGGUUUUUUUUAAUCCAAUUAAAAUGUUCACUAUGAGUCAACACGAUACACCACAGUUCACCACACUAGAUCCUGCUCAAAGUUAAUUUUCUUCUAGAGCUGACAGAACAUCGAUCAUUAGUCAGGAGAAAUGUUUAAUUUAAUUGUUGUUUUUAUAAUGUUAAUAAACAAUACGUUGACAAAUGAUUUUAGAUCUAAAUUUGUUUGGUUUUUGCAUAAAAAAGAAAUGGUCAUUUAGUUCUAAGCAGUAGGAAAAUCGUUAAAAACGAUUAUAAUUUUUUAAAUAUCAUUUACUAUCAUUUCUAAUCAUUUCUAACCACACCAAACACUUUAAAUACUUAUAUAUAUUACGGUAAGGGCAGUGCAGUUCGAUAGAAAGUCUCGAUCUUAGUAAGAGGUAGUAAAUUACACAUAUCUUGGCAACAUUUUUUCGAAAAUAUUAUAACAGACACGAACACAAAUGAAUCAUUAACUCUUGCAUUGGUGCUAAUUUUACCGUAGGCUUAAAAAAUUAUAAAAAAUCACACACACUCCUCACUUCGCACAUCACACUCCAAUCAUAUUGAAUCAAAUUCUAUAUAUCAAUUAGGUAAUGUAAUCGAGAGCAAAAAUGGUCUAGCAUAUACAAGUAGUUAACCAAUUAAUAAAACAAAGAACACUAUGUUUUGUGUAAGAAAUUUGCCCAAGGUAAACCUGUUAAAGAUCUAAUAAUAAUAACUAAUGAAAACUAAAUCCUAUGUUCACUCGCUCGAUAGGUUUUACAUUUACCAUUUGGAUAGAUCAGCAAUAAUAAGAAAAAUAAAAGGAAAAACGUUUGGCAAAGCUUCGUAGAUAUGUAAGGAAAAUCCCUUCAAGAAGAGUUAGAUCUCGUUUCAACUUUAGGCUAAAGACUCUAAGGCCAUCUCCGUCUCUUUCUACACACAAUAGUCAAUCUAUGAUUGUAGCGAUUAAACCUAGAGAUAUAGCAGGACCAGCAAAUCAAAACAAAAAUAAUAUUGAAAUAGAAUGGAUAGAAAAAAAAUAUAUAUAUAUACAGAUAUAGGUAUAUAAAUCAAUCCAAGGGAAGUUGGUCAAAUUUUUUUCACUUGACAGCACAUCAAAGAGAAAUACAAUUAACAAUAAAUAUAUAAAAUGCGGAAAAAUCCGAGAAAAAAGUGGAGUACGGCUGUGAAAUUAUGUUUGCUUUAAAAUGCAUAAACGCAACUGUAAAUAAUAAAUGAUUACCAAAGUAUACAAGCCAUAAUAUGGUGAAACAAACUAUUCAGAUCAAGUAGAAAAUUCGAGGAAAGCGAAAUGAAGCUCAGCGAGCAGUGGAAUAAGAAAAAAAUAACUAAUUAACUAAAUGUACAAUUCAAUAUGCCACAACAUCUGACCAAUUAUGAUCCAUAACAGAUAAAAAAGAAUAUAUAUAUAUACAAAAAAAAUAUAUAUACAUACAUCAAUCCAAGUAUCUGAUAAGACAAAAGACAAAUUUUAAUUAAACCAAAUCGAUACAGAUAUGAAGAAUGGCAGAUUCGAAGCGCGCUUAACAAAUUUUAACAUAGAAUCAACUAACAAAUGCAAAUUGGCUUUAACUAACGAAUAAUACAAAUCACACGAUGAAUAAUCUAAAGAUGAUAUUUAAACAAAUACAUUCGACUUGAUUUUAAUCGAUUUCAGUUUUAGAUAGCAGUGUUGUGAAACAACCGAAAAACUUUUUCCUAAGCUUAAGCGCUUUGCCAUUAGCAGGAACCCAAAGAUCCUCAAAAAAUAAAUGUUUUUAUAACCGAAAUAGGCUGAAGGCUGGAUAUAAAGCUCCUUGGAUUCCGAUUUCUGGAAAGAAAAGAAGUGCAGAACAUUUUCAAAAUAUUCUUUUAGAUUAAUACAAUCUACUUCAUUUUCCUUAUCAAUUAAGAGGGGUUUUCUUAAAUAACAAUAAAAUAUUUUAACACCGAGAAUAUGAAAGAGAUGGCAAAUCAUCGUGAAAAAGAAAGAGAUAGCGUAUUAAGAUGAGUACAUGGGGCUAUAUAUCCUGCCUUCCAGACUGGCAAUUAUUAAUCUUUAUUAUUGAUAUUAAUUAUUGUAGAGCAGGAAAUAUUUUACAUUUCUUAAAAACCUUACCAACCAAAAUCAAAAUUGAAAAGAUAACUAUUAAACUUGACAAUUUUCAAUGUAAUCCAAAACAAAGUUAUAACAAGAGCGUCUACUGGAAAAUCUUCAACCACAAAAUAAAAAAACAUUAUUAAUUAAUAUAAACAAAGAAACAAAUGUCAUAAAAGGAUUAACAAUAAUUUAGCAAAAGAAGCAAAUC